AUGACCUCCACCUCGCUCUCCCUGUGGGGGAGAGUGGACCUCGUAAAUGCUCAAUUGACCGUUUUAGGCACAGCUCUCUACAACGCCAUAACAGGCAUCUUCCGAGGCCAAAGCGGCGCAUCAGGAUACGGGCUCCACGUCGGCAACGCAGCGUUGAGAAAACUGUGCGAUAGACUGAGCGCAGAACAGUUCCAAUACAUGAACGGUUCCACAAGGUCCGUCUACGAGACAUCCCUGCAGAAAAAGGGACUCCAGCCCGAGACCGUCCCUCUCAAACACGGUGCACAAGGCCACUGGAUCGGAAACAAGAAUGCCAAAAAUGUGGUCAUCUAUUACCAUGGCGGCGGAUUCGCCGUGCCCGGCGCAGCGGGCCAUAUCGCCUUCUACAGCCAUGUAAUCGACACCCUCACCGCAGAAGGCCACGACAUAGCCUUCUUCCUGAUCACCUACAGCCUCACCCCGCAUGCCGUCUACCCGACCCAACUCCGGCAGGCCGUCGAAGCCCUCCGCUACAUCCUCACCGAGACGAACCGCGACCCGGCUAACGUGAUCGUCGGCGGCGACUCUGCAGGCGGGAAUCUAGCCCUAGCCGUCCUCCUGCAUCUGUCACACCCGCAUCCCGAGAUCGAGCCUGUGUGCGACGCAGCGCCUUGGCGGGGUUGUUUGCCUUCGCGCCGUGGGUGA